AUGAUGAAGACUUUGGGUUUUGCUCUUGCAUUCCUGAUUUUCUUGGUUCACUACACUGUGGUGCGUAAAGAGUUUCCAGUUCACAGUGACGGUGCCAUUUUGAUCUCUGGUACAUCAUCUGGAAUUGGGCGUGCCACUUGCGGGUGGUUAGCAGAGCAGCAUCCACAGAUCACUGUCUACUGCGGCGUUCGCAGGGAGAUACAAGGAUCUCCCUUUGACUUGCCAAAUGUGAAGCAAGUUACUCUGGACAUUACCAAUCAAGAGCAUGUGGAUGCAGUCCUUCAACAAAUUGAACAAGCCCAACAGCCUUUGAUUGCCGUUGUCAACAAUGCUGGGCUUUAUGAUAUGAACACCUUUGAAUUCCUAGGUGCGGAAAGGCUGAGGAAAGUCCUGGAAGUAAAUGUAGUGGGAACCUAUCAACUUACACAGGCAGCAUUGCCAGCACUCCGGGAAAGCAAGGGUCGAAUUGUCGCAGUGAGUUCCAUCUCCGGUUUGGUGCAAGGGACACCAUUAAUGACAGCCUACCAAAGCUCCAAGCAUGCACUUGAGGUCAUGUUUGAUGUCCUGCGAGUGGAAGUGGCACCCCAUGAUGUCUCUGUGAGUUUGAUUGCACCUGGAUGGUUGGAAAGCAACAUUCUGGAGGAUGUAAAAGUGAUGCAGGAAAAAGCAAUGCCAAAGAGUGACCAAAACGCAACGCUGGGGGCAAUGGAAAUAUAUCUUCAUGUUGUGGGUGCAUCAUACAUGAGCAUGUUCACCGAGGUGGCCACAACUACAGGAAGGAUGGAGGAGACGUGUGAUAGUAUUGAUGAUGCCAUUUUUGGAAAGUACCCCAAACCUCGUUAUGUGACUUCAAGAGUUGGAGCCAUGCCAGCUUGGCUAGCUGCCGCCAUGCUGAAUGCUCUUCCCACUCGUCUGGUGGAUAUUGCCUCAUCAAAUUUGGAACCGAUUGUGUACAUGAUACGAGUUCGCGCCUUUCUGGAACACCUGUUGGGGAUGGCAUAA